GCUAAGAGGCCAAUGGAGGCAAAGGAAUGUAAGAAGCCAAAGAAGAGAGGUGGAUUAUGCCAAAUUUGUGGAAAAAACAUGAAAUGUUUGAAGGAUCAUAUGCUAACCCAUAAGAUUGACCGUCCCGAAAAGUGUCCGCAUUGUGAUUUUCGGGCAAAAUGUACAAAAAGUUUAAGAAAUCAUAUGAAUAUCCACAGUUCAGAAAGAAAUUUUCAGUGUGAAAUGUGUGGGGAACAGUUUUGUCGACUGGAAGCUGUUAAAAAGCAUUUAAUAGUUCAUUCAAAACAGUUACUUUAUUCGUGUCAAUAUUGUCCCAACAAAUAUAAAAGGAAAGUUACAUUAGCCAGACAUGAAAAAAUCCAUAAAGAAGAAUAUGCAUACACUUGUAAUGUUUGUAAAAAAAAAUUCAUUCAGGCCAUUAAUUUGAAAACUCACAUGAGAACUCAUACUGGUGAAAAACCUUAUAAAUGUGACAGGUGUUACAAAGGAUUUGCACAUAAUGUCACAAAAAAACUUCACCGAAAAACUUGCUUUGUCCAAAAUGUUACAGAAAAAUGAAACCUUAAUCAUUUAUCCAUUUAUCAUUAGAUAAGUGUCCAUUUUGUUUGAAACUAGGAUACGUCUGGGACAUGUUACUUACCUGUCCAAGAUUUCUGUCCUAAGUUAUGAUAUCUUUGUAUUUGAACUUUUUUAGUUUACAAAUUACUAUUAUUACUCUUAUAAGUAUUAUGUUUAUUGAAUAGUGCCUUUGCUGAUAAUAAAUUUAUAAACAAUAUCAAGUUGACAAAACCACUUGGAGAUAAUCACCAGGUAUUCUGGAGAAGUGGGAUACUUCGCCUAACUAUGCAUCAUGAUUCCCUUAAGUACCAUUAGGAACUAUUUUCGGGGAAUUGAUUUUAGAAUUGAAUUGUGGCUGGGUGAUAUACUGGUAUUACAAUCAAUUUUUAUUUAGAUAGGAGAAUCUACAUUAUUUAAUAUACCAGUAAUUGAUUUUACUUAAUAUUUGAAAAUUCCCUUUUUGAUAUUGUUUUUUACAUUAAAAAUUUUAGAUUG